GUCGUCGCCUUUCCCUAUCAAAGAGACGACAGCUUUUUUUUUUUGUUGUUGAGGAAGACGAGCCCGCUCUCGGUUUGUAGUGGAAUAUUUUUCUUCCGUCUCUCCUCUGCCACAGAUGAGUUGAGAUGCUGGCGGAACGCAGAGAGAACAGCAGGGCUGCCUUUGCCCUGACAAAGCCGCUCAAGAUGAACAUGGUGAAGAGGAUCAUGGGGCGGCCGAGGCAGGAGGAGUGCAGCCCCCAGGACAACGCGCUGGGCCUGAUGCACCUGCGGCGCCUGUUCGCCGAGCUGUGCCACCCUCCUCGCCACAUGACCCAGAAGGAGCAGGAGGAGAAGCUCUACAUGAUGCUUCCUGUAUUUAACAGGGUCUUUGGGAAUGCUCCACCCAGCACCAUGACGGAGAAGUUCUCCGACCUGCUGCAGUUCACCACACAGGUCUCACGACUCAUGGUGACGGAAAUCAGACGAAGAGCCUCUAACAAGUCAACAGAGGCAGCCAGUCGAGCCAUCGUCCAGUUCCUGGAGGUGAACCAGAGUGAGGAGGCGAGUCGCGGUUGGAUGCUACUGACCACCAUCAACCUGUUGGCCUCCUCCGGACAGAAAACGGUGGACUGCAUGACGACCAUGUCCGUACCCUCCACGCUGGUCAAAUGCCUCUACCUGUUCUUUGACCUGCCCCACAUGGCCGAGGCGCCGGCGGCCCCCGCUCCGCAGCCGCCGCCUCCGCCACCUCCCACCUCCCAGGAGAAGACACCAGGCCAGGGCCACACCCAGCCGGAGCUGCCGCUGGCCGACCGCAGGGCGAGUCUCCAGAAAGUUUUCGUCCAGAUCCUGGUGAAGCUGUGCACCUUCGUGUCUCCGGCGGAGGAGCUGGCUCAAAAGGACGACCUGCAGCUCCUGUUCAGUGCCAUCACCUCCUGGUGCCCCCCCCACAACCUGCCCUGGAGGAGGAGCGCCGGGGAGGUGCUCACCACCAUCUCCCGACAUGGCCUCAGCGUCAACGUGGUCAAAUACAUACAUGAGAAGGAGUGCCUGGCCACAUGUGUUCAGAACAUGCAGCAGUCGGAUGAUCUCUCCCCACUGGAGAUAGUCGAGAUGUUCGCCGGCCUCUCCUGCUUCCUCAAAGACUCCAGCGACGUGUCGCAGACGCUGCUGGACGACUUCCGAAUGUGCCAGGGUUACGCCUUUCUCUGCGACCUCAUGCUCAGACUGGAACAGGCCAAGGAGGACGAAUCGAAGGAUGCGCUGAAGGACCUGGUCAACCUGGUCACCUGUCUGACCACAUACGGGGUGACGGAGCUGAAACCAGCCGGCCUGACGACCGGCGCCCCCUUCCUGCUGCCUGGCUUCGUUCUCCCGCAGCCUUCUGGGAAAGGCCACACGGUGCGUAACAUCCAGGCCUUCGCGGUGCUCCAGAACGCCUUCCUGCGGGCUAAAACAAGCCGCCUGGCAUGCAUGCUGCUGGACGCCAUUGGAAACAUCUACGCAGCGGAGCCGGCCAACUACUUCAUCCUGGAGUCGCAGCACACCCUGUCACAGUUUGCGGACCGUGUGGCCAAGCUGCCCGAGGCCCAGGCCAAGUACUUCGAGCUGCUGGAGUUUGUGGUCUUCAGCCUCAACUAUGUGCCGUGCAAGGAGCUGUUCAGCGUCAGCGUGCUGCUCAAGUCGAGCACGUCGCACGCCUGCAGCAUCACCGCCGUCCGGACGCUGCUGAAGCUGGCCAGGCAUGACCCGGUGUUCAGCGACGUGCUGAGGGAGGUCGGCCUGCUGGAGGUACUGGUCAACCUGCUGCACAAGUACGCCGCCUUGCUCAAAGACCCGGCCACGCAACAGCAACCACACAACAAUGACCAAGCCGACUGUAAAAACAACACAGUGGCAGAGGAGCAGAAGCAGCUGGCCUGGCUGGUGAUGGAGACCCUCACUGUGCUCCUGCAUGGCUCCAACACCACCAACACCAAUGCAGCCCUUUUCCGGGAGUUUGGCGGCGCCCGCUGCGUCCAUAACAUUGUGAAGUACCGUCAGUGUCGGGAACACGCCCUGCUCAUCAUCCAGCAGCUCGUACUGUCGCCAAGCGGUGACGACGACAUGGGGACGCUGCUGGGCCUCAUGCACUCUGCGCCGUCCAGUGAACUGCAGCUAAAGACGGACAUAUUGAGGGCUUUGCUUGCAGUGUUGCGCGAGAGUCACCGCACCCGGACGGUGUUCCGCAAGGUGGGCGGCUUCGUCUACGUCACCUCCCUGCUGGUGGCCAUGGAGCGCUCACUGUGCCAGCCGCCGCGCCACGGCUGGGAGCGCGUCAACCAGAACCAGGUGUUCGAGCUCCUGCACACAGUGUUCUGCACGCUCACCGCCGCCAUGCGCUACGAGCCCGCCAACUCACACUUCUUCCGCACAGAGAUCCAGUUCGAGAAGCUGGCGGACGCUGUGAGACUGCUGGGCUGUUUCUCGGACACCAAGAAGCUGGGUCCCACGGCCGUGUUCCCCUCCAACGCUCAGCCCUUCCAGAGGCUGCUGGAGGACGAGGCCGCCCCCGGAGGCUGCGCCGGAGACAGCGUCUGCCCCACGCUCAAACACUGCAGCAAGCUCUUCAUCUACCUGUACAAGAUGGCAACCGACUCUUUUGACAGUCGUGCGGAGCAGGUGCCUCCCUGCCUGACGCAUGAGACCUCGCUGCCCUCGCCGUGGGGCACGCCAGCACUCGCCAGGAAGAGACAAGGCUACUACGGUACGUCGGGUCCCCCCGCCCCGGUCAAAGCCCUCACAGACCUGAAACUCCACCUGUCUAACCCCACCCAUCCUGCCGCCUCCUCCUCCUCCUCCUCCUCCUCCUCCUCCUCGUCGUUGUCGUCAGACAUGGUGGUCAUCCACCCAGGGGCCGUCCUGGCCAUACUGGACCUGCUGCCCUCCGUCUCCUCCGACAGCCAGCCAGAGCAUGCUCUGGACCUGCAGCUGGCGGUGGCCAACAUCCUCCAGCUGCUGGUGAACAGUGAGAGGAACCAGCAGGUGUUGUGCGAGGCCUGCCUCCACCAGCGGUUGUUGCAGCGCUGCAGUCAGGCGCUGGGCGACGAAGACCACCCACUGCACCCGCCGCUGCAGAGGAUGUUCGAGAGGCUGGCCUCGCAGGCCCUGCAGCCGAUGGCACUCAGGGAGUUCUUACGUCUUGGAAACCCUCUGAACUGCGGCGCCUGGGACAAGAAGCUACUGAAGCAGUACCGGGUCCACAAACCGAGCUCCCUCAGCUACGACGCCGAGAUGAGAAACAGCAUGACCAUGUCCAUGGAGGGCUUCGGGCCCGACAGCGUCUUCGCCACGCCGGCGGAGGACAACGGGCAGUACCGCAUCAGCCGCAGCUUGGUGCGCUCCGCCGAGGGCAGCACCGUGCCCCUCACCCGAGUCAAGUGCCUGGUGUCCAUGACUACACCACAUGACAUCCGCCUGCACGGAUCGGCCGUCACGCCCGCCUGCGUGGAGUUCGACACCUCGCUGGAGGGCUUCGGGUGCCUGUUUCUGCCCAGUCUGGCGCCGCACAAUGCCCCCACCAACAACACCAACGCCUCAGGUGUCAGCGAUGGAGCGGUGCUGAGCGGGAUGGGCACAGGAGAGCGCCUGUUCCCUCCUCCGUCGGGCCUGAGCUACUCCACCUGGUUUUGCGUUGAGCGUUUCAGCGCGGCACCUCAGGCCCACCCGGUGCGGCUGCUGACGGUAGUGCGUCGGGCCACCUCCUCCGAGCAGCACUACGUCUGCCUGUCUGUGGUGCUGUCGGCCAAAGACCGCUCGCUGACCGUCUCCACCAAGGAGGAGCUGCUGCAGACUUACUCCGACGAGUCCAGUGAAGAAGCCUCCUUCUACGAGAUCCUGCCCUGCUGUGCUCGUUUCCGCUGCGGCGAGCUGAUCGCCGAGGGCCAAUGGCACCACCUGGUGCUGGUCAUGAGCAAAGGCAUGCUGAAGAACAGCAUGGCCACGCUGUACAUCGACGGCCAGCUCAUCAACACCGUCAAGCUUCACUACGUCCACAGUGCUCCGGGCGGCUCCGGCUCCACCAACCCUCCUGUGGUGAGCACGGUAUACGGGUAUGUGGGGACGCCGCCGGCCCAGCGCCAGCUCUCCAGCCUGGUGUGGCGUCUGGGGCCCAGCCACUUUCUGGAGGAGGUGCUGCCUGCCACCAGCGUCGCUGCCAUCUAUGAACUGGGACCCAACUACGUGGGCAGCUUCCAGGCUGUCUACCUGCCCUGUAAAGACUCGAAGACGGAGGUGGCCCCUGCCUCUCCGGUGGCGCUGGUACCAGAGGAGAAGGUGUCUUUCAGCCUCUACGCUCUCUCCGUGUCCACGCUCACUGUGGCCAAGAUCAGGAAAGUCUACAACAAACUGGACAGCAAAGCCAUCGCCAAACAGCUCGCCGUGUCCUCUCAUGAAAACGCCACCCCGGUCAAGCUGAUCCACAACGCUGCCGGCCACCUCAACGGGCCGGCCCGAACCAUUGGAGCUGCUGUCAUCGGAUAUUUAGGUGUGCGUGCCUUCGUACCCAAGCCUGUGGCCACCAACCUGCAGUAUGUGGGUGGGGCGGCGGCCAUCUUGGGCCUGGUCGCCAUGGCGUCGGACGUGGAGGGGCUGUACGCAGCUGUCAAAGCCCUGGUGUGUGUUGUGAAAAGCAACCCGUUGGCCAGUAAGGAAAUGGAGCGCAUCAAAGGCUACCAGCUGCUGGCCAUGCUGCUGAAGAAGAAGCGCUCGCUGCUCAACAGCCACAUCCUCCACCUCACCUUCUCCCUGGUGGGAACGGUGGACAGCGGCCACGAGACCUCCAUCAUUCCCAACUCCACGGCUUUCCAGGACCUGCUGUGUGACUUCGAGGUCUGGCUCCACGCGCCCUACGAGCUCCACCUCUCUCUGUUUGAGCAUUUCAUCGAGCUGCUGACAGAAUCCAGUGAGGCGGCGAAAAACGCCAAACUGUUGAGGGAGUUCCAGCUGAUCCCGAGGCUGCUGCUGACCCUGAGAGACACCUCGCUGUCGCAGCCCACCGUAGCCGCCAUCAGCAACGUGCUCAGUCUGCUGCUGCAGGGCUUCCCCAACCAGUACGACCUGCUGCGGUUUGGCCAGUUCAUCUCCUCCACCCUUCCCACAUUUGCUGUGUGUGAGAAGUUUGUCGUCAUGGAAAUCAAUAACGAGGAGAAGAUCGACGGAGGCAACGAUGACGAUUUCGGCGGCCUGCUGUCAGCCAACCUCAUUCUGCUGAGAAACAGACUGCUGGACAACCUGCUCCGACUGCUCUUCACCACCAAAGAGAAAUGCACCGUCAAUGCCCAAGCGUGCGAGGAGCUGGUGCGGACGCUGGGCUUCGAUUGGCUCCUGAUGUUCAUGGAGGAACAUCUUCACUCGAGCACGGUGACGGCGGCUCUUUGGAUCCUGGUGGUGCUGCUCUCGAACCAGUCCAUCCUCAACCGCUUCAAAGAGGGGCUGUGCGGCGGCGGCUGGCUGGACCACACCGACUCCGUCCUGACCAACAAGAUCGGCACUGUGCUGGGUUUCAACGUGGGCCGCAGCGCCGGCGGACGCUCCACGUUGCGAGAGAUCAACCGGGACGCGUGCCACUUCCCAGGAUUCCCUGUGCUGCAGACGCUGCUGCCCAAACACACCAACGUGCCCGAGCUCUACUUCCUGCUCAUGGCUCUCUUCCUGCAGCAGCCGGUCAUCGAGCUGCCAGACAGCCUGCAGGUACAUUUUGACCUGGACUCCAUCUGGACCUUCAUCUUUGGCAUCCCGGCCUCCAGUGGGACAGUGGUGGGCUCCAUCCACAGCGUGUGCACCGAGGCUGCCUUCCUGCUGCUGGCCAUGCUCCGCAGCAUGCUCAACCUGCCGUGGCAGUCAGAGGAGGAAGGGUCCUGGCUCAGGGAGUACCCCGUCACCCUCAUGCAGUUCUUUAGGUAUCUGUACCACAACGUGCCCGACCUGGCACCCAUGUGGCACAGUCCCGAGUUCCUCUGCGCCCUGGCGGCCUCUGUCUUCCCCUUCAACAUCAGGCCGUACUCUGAGAUGGUGACUGAUCUGGACGACGAAGCGGGUUCUCCCACCGAGGAGUUCAAGGCCUUCGCCGGCGACUCCGGUAUGAACCGCAGCCAGUCUGAAUACUGCAACGUGGGCUCCAAAACCUCCCUGACCAACCACCCGGCCAAGAAGUACGUCUUCGACUUCAUGAGGGUCCUGAUCAUGGACAAUUUGUGCAUGACCCCGGCCAGCAAGCAGACGCCCAUCAUCGACCUCCUGCUGGAGGCCUCCCCGGAGCGCUCCACCAGAACUCAGCAGAAGGAGUUUCAGUCCAACAUCCUGGACGGUGUCAUGGAGCAUCUGCUGGCUGCUGAUGUCCUGCUAGGCGAAGACGCCUCUCUGCCGCUCAGCAGCAGCGGCAGUUAUCAGAUUCUGGUCAACAAUGUCUUCUACUUCACUCAGCGGGUGGUGGACAAGCUGUGGCAGGGCAUGUUCAACAAGGACUCCAAGCUGGUGGUGGACUUCAUCGUGCAACUCAUAGGACAGUCGAAGAGGCGCUCCCAGGGUCUUUCCCUCGACGCCAUCUACCACUGUCUGAACCGGACGGUGCUCUACCAGCUCUGUCGACCCCACAAGACGGUGGCUCAGCAGGUGGCCCUGUUGGACGCCCUGCGUGUCCUGACCGUCAACCGCAACCUGGUGCUCGGGCCAGGCAACCACGACCAGGACUUUGUGGCCUGCCUGGCUCACUGCUUCAUCUGCCUGCACAGCGGCAGCAGCGUGGAGGGCUUUGGCUUGGAGGCGGAGGCUAGGAUGACGACCUGGCACGUCAUGAUCCCCUCGGAAAACGAGGCCGACGCCACGCACAGCCACGACGUCAGCGAGGGGCGGCAGCUGCUGCUGAAGGCGGUGAACCGCGUGUGGACGGAGCUGAUGCACAGCAAGCGUCAGAUGUUGGAGGACAUCUUCAAGGUGUCUCUGCCCUGUAACGACAGGGGCCACGUGGACAUCGCCACAGCCCGGCCGGCCCUGGAGGAGCCGGCCCUGAAGAGCUGGCAGAACCACCUGGUCCAUGAGAAGAAGUGUAUCAGUCGCGGUGAAGCCGUGGCACCGGCGACACAGUCCAAACUGUCCAGAGUCAGCAGCGGCUUCGGCCUCUCCAAGCUGGGCGUCCGCCGCAACAAGAAGGAGAACAGCCUGAACAAGAACAGUCUGUCGGCACAGGAGACCUUCCAGUGGAUGUUCACACACAUCGCCGUAGUUCGAGACUUGGUGGCGAUGCAGUACAAAGAAUAUCAAGAGCGGCAGCAAAACGCCCUCAAGUACGUGACGGAGGAGUGGGCGUCCAUCGAGUACGAGCUGCUGCGCGAGCGAGGCCUCUGGGGCCCCCCCAUCGGCUCCCACCUGGACAAAUUCGUGCUGGAGAUGACGGAGGGUCCCUGCCGGAUGAGGAAGAAGAUGGUCCGCAACGACAUGUUCUACAUCCACUACCCGUACAUCCCGGAGACGGAGACGAACACCAACUCAGCACAGAAGCCUCUGCGGUACCGGCGCGCCAUCAGCUACGACAGUAAGGAGUACUACGUGCGUUUGCUGUCCGGCAACCCCGGCAUGUACCAGCACUCUGUGGAGCACAGCACGGAGGGAGAGACCACGCAGCACGAGCCCGAGCACGGAGAGGACACCAUCGCAAGAGUCAAAGGUCUGGUAAAGGCUCCUCUGAAGAGGUCUCGGUCCACGGCGGACGGUGCAGACGAGGACAGUCAGGAGCAGCUUCAGGAACAGCUGUUGGAGUCGGGAGGCCCCGAGGAGGAGCAGAGGACCGACAACACGUCGCUGCUGCGCCUGCUGGAGGAGGGAGAGAAGAUUCAGCACAUGUACCGCUGUGCCAGAGUUCAAGGUCUGGACACCAGCGAGGGUCUGCUGCUGUUCGGGAAAGAGCACUUCUACGUCAUCGACGGCUACACCAUGACCGUGUCCAGGGAGAUCAGGGACAUCGACACGCUGCCGCCCAAUUUGCACGAGGCCAUCAUCCCCCGAGGAGCGAGACAAGGCCAGAGCCAGCUGAAGAGAACCUGCAGCAUCUUCGCCUACGAAGACAUCAAGGAGGUGCACAAGAGACGCUACCUGCUGCAGCCGAUGGCAGUGGAGGUCUUCUCAGCCGACGGGAGGAACUACCUGUUAGCCUUCCAGAAAGGAGUCCGCAACAAAGUUUACCAAAGGUUCUUGGCUGUGGUGCCUUCGCUUGCCGACAGCUCCGAGUCGGUUUCAGGCCAGAGGCCCAACACCAGUGUUGAACAGGGGUCCGGUCUGCUCAGCACCCUUGUCGGUGAGAAGUCAGUGACUCAAAGAUGGGAGCGAGGAGAGAUUAGUAACUUCCAGUACCUGAUGCAUCUGAACACGCUGGCAGGACGAUCCUACAACGACCUGAUGCAGUACCCCGUCUUCCCCUGGAUCCUGGCCGACUACGACUCAGAGGAGCUGGACCUGAGCAACCCCAAGACGUUCCGCAACCUCGCCAAGCCGAUGGGCGCCCAGACCGACGACAGACUGACGCAGUACAAGAAGAGGUACAAGGACUGGGAAGACCCCAACGGUGAAACCCCGGCGUACCACUACGGCACCCACUACUCAUCGGCCAUGAUUGUAGCCUCUUACCUGGUCCGGAUGGAGCCGUUCACACAGAUUUUCCUCAGACUUCAGGGAGGUCAUUUUGACCUAGCUGACAGGAUGUUCCACAGCGUGCGUGAGGCCUGGCUCUCUGCCUCCAAGCACAACAUGGCCGACGUCAAGGAGCUCAUCCCCGAGUUCUUCUACCUGCCAGAGUUCAUGCUCAACUCCAACAACUUCGACCUGGGUGCCAAGCAGAACGGCACCAAGCUGGGUGACGUGAUCCUGCCGCCUUGGGCCAAGGGCGACCCCCGAGAGUUCAUCAGAGUCCACAGAGAGGCACUGGAGUGCGACUACGUGUCGGCCCACCUCCACGAGUGGAUCGACCUGAUUUUUGGCUACAAGCAGCAGGGGCCGCCGGCGGUGGAGGCCGUCAACGUCUUCCACCACCUGUUCUACGAGGGUCAGGUGGACAUCUACAACAUCAACGACCCGCUGAAAGAGACGGCCACCAUUGGCUUCAUCAACAACUUCGGACAAAUCCCCAAACAGCUGUUUAAGAAGCCCCACCCUCCCAAACGGGUACGCAGUAAAGCCAACGGCGACGUAGCGAGCGUUCCUCCGAGCGCCAGCGGCGACAAGAUCUUCUUCCAUCAUCUGGACAAUCUCAGACCUUCUCUAGCGCCUGUCAAAGAGCUGAAGGAACCCGUGGGACAGAUCGUGUGCACCGACAAGGGCAUCCUCGCCGUGGAGCAAAACAAAGUCCUGGCUCCCCCGACCUGGAGCAAGACCUUCGCCUGGGGCUACGCCGACCUCAGCUGCCGUCUGGCUAACUAUGAAUCCGACAAGGCGUUGGUGGUGUAUGAGUGUCUGUCAGAGUGGGGGCAGAUCCUGUGUGCCAUAUGUCCGAACCCCAAGCUGGUCAUCACCGGCGGCACCAGCACCGCCAUCUGUGUGUGGGAGACGGGAACGUCCAAGGAGAGGGCCAAGUCGCUUGUGCUCAAACAGGCGUUACUGGGCCACACGGACGCCGUAACGUGUCUGACGGCGUCGUCGGCGUACCACAUUGUUGUGAGCGGCUCGCGGGAUCGAACCUGCAUCAUCUGGGACCUCAACAAGCUGUCCUUCGUCACGCAGCUCAGGGGACACCGGGCGCCCGUCUCUGCUCUGUGCAUCAACGAACUGACGGGGGACAUCGUUUCCUGCGCCGGCACCUACAUCCACGUGUGGAGCAUCAACGGCAGCCCCAUCGCCAGCGCCAACACCUUCACGGGACGCAGCCAGCAGAUCCUGUGCUGCUGCGUGUCGGAGAUGAACGAGUGGGACACGCAGAAUGUCAUAGUCACGGGUCACUCUGAUGGCGUCGUCAGGUUUUGGAGAAUGGAGUUUCUCCAAGUCCCAGAAACCCCUGCUCCAGAGCCGGUGGAGCCAGAUGUGCCUGACUGCUGUGGCGAGGAGAAGAUCGAGGGCGGCGAGAGUCACAACGGUGAUGAUGACAGCAGCGAGUCGGACGGAGACGAGCCCAGUCUGAGCCAGGAGCCCAAAGCACCACGCAACCCGUCGACAGGUGGAGGCAGCCAGCCGGGCAGCGCCGUCCACAGACCCAGAGGUCCCUCAGCCCGAACGGGAGCCUCGUGGUCGAUGGACAGCGGCUCUGACGACUCUCACCGCUGGUCCGACACCCUGAGCAUUGACGAGAAGGACGGCUUCGUGUUCGUCAACUACUCUGAGGGCCAAACCAAAGGCCCCCACCCUCAUCCGGCUCAUCCAGGCCAGGGCUCCGUGCCUCAGCCCCUCCAGCCCUCCACCAUGGAGGCACGGACGUAUAACCAGCUCAGGGCAGGCUACAGAUGGGAGCGCCAGCUGGUCUUCCGGAGUAAACUCACCAUGCACACGGCGUUCGAUCGCAAGGACAACGCUCACCCAGCAGAGAUCUCCUCCCUCACCAUCUCCAAGGACCACAGUAAGAUCCUGGUGGGCGAUGGGCGUGGUCGGGUGUUCAGCUGGUCGGUCAGCGACCAGCCGGGUCGCUCGGCGGCCGAUCACUGGGUGAAGGAUGAGGUCGUCGACAGCUGCUCCGGCUGCACGGUUCGUUUCUCCCUCACUGAGCGACGCCACCAUUGCAGGAACUGCGGCCAGCUCUUCUGCCAGAAGUGCAGUCGCUUCCAAUCAGAGAUCAAGAGGCUGAAGAUCUCGUCUCCGGUGCGAGUUUGUCAGAACUGUUACUACAACCUGCAACAUGAGCGAAGCGUCGAGGACGGCUGCAGAAACUGAGCUCCGCCUCCACCUCCACCUGCCGCCGCCGGCAAAAUAAACCCCUCCUUUUGAGGACUCCUACCUUAGGAGCGUUUCAUUCCUCUACCUGCCUUGUUGUCCCCUCAGCACCUCCAACAUAACCCAAAACUCUCUCCCUCAAAACCCCCCUUUACCCCAACAGUAACCACAUGUCCUGUAACACACUGACAGACGUUAACAGGAGGGAACGUCGGCUCUUUCAUCAUCACAGCAGUAAAACUCAGAAGAAGAGAAAAAAAAAAAAAAACUCAAUCACCACUUUACCACCCGCACUCGUCUCCUGGAGGGAAAAAAAAGCAAAAAAAAAAAAAGCAAACACACCCUUGACGCGGCACGCUUGAAUCAAUCACCCGCCAUCGUUGCUUUGAGAUCAAGAACAGGGAAAAACUCACUUCCCCUUUCACUGCAAGACAAAUAACAAACUUGUGUAUAUUGUAAAUAAUUACCAUGGCCUUUUUAACUCUAAGAGGAACAAACACAGAACAAAAAAUAAGGUCAAUGAGAAGAAAAAAAAAAAAAAAUACAAAAACAAAUUGCCUGUAACAUAGCGUUGUGACUAACCACUCCUGGCUUUAAAAAACAAAACAAACUAAAUCGAUUGUGUGUAGUCUGCGUCACGAGUCACGGCAAGUCCAGAGGAAUUACACGGAGGGAGGGAGGGAUAUGAAUGUCAAUAAUUAAUGUCUGUGGGUUGAAUUUACUAGUGGGUCUAGUUAUGCAAAAUUCUUUAUAAUUUCCUGAUCAAUUUUUUUUGUUGUUGUUGUUUACAAAAAUGUGAUUUAUUUUGUGUGUGUGUGCGUUGCCCACAGUGUCAAGCCAUCACCAUCAGAAAGAGAUUUAUAACUGAUUAUCUUUUCCUUUUUUCCUUUUUUCCUUUUUUUUUUUUUUUUUUGCCAAAUUGUUUCAAUCUUUCAAUUAUAUUGAUUUUUUUUUUUUUUUUUUUUAACCUAUCAUCUAUUCUGUCCGUUAUAUGAAUUCCCAUUUGGAGAAUCUUUGUUGCUGCUGCUUUUCGAAGACUGGACACAUUAUCUUUUCAGAUUUUUUUUUUUAUUUUUAUUUUUUUUUUUAUUCUUUAUUUUUAAACCAUAUCACUCCAUUUAUUUUGAGAUUUUGUAUGUUUUCCUAUUUUUUUUAUUUUGUUUGGAGAGAAAACGUCAUGGGUUCAUCAUCUGUGAAAAAAUAAGAAUUGGGUAAAACAAAAACAAUGCACACAACACGCACAUGUAAUAUUUGCUGCACAUUUAUUUUCCAUCGUGUCUUUUAAGCCUCGUUUUAGUUACUGUACAGGUUUUUGAAUGCAACACAGAAAAGGGACUCUUCGUAUGAAUUGUAGUUUUUAUUUGUCGUUUGCUGGACUUCACUUAGAUCCUGUGGCAUUAAUACAGCAGCGAACGUGGCACUUUAUCCAUGUAGAAGAUGUUAAACUGGAGGAGCAGCAGCCAAGCACCUUUUUUUCAAAGAGUCGUUUUCAGCACGGAGAGAAAGUCUGUCGACUUCUGAGAUGUAAAUAAUCAUUUGGGCCAUGAAAUCAUGAAAUCAACAAGUGUUUCGUCUAAAAAGGUGAAACGCAUGGAGAUAGUGGGACAGAGCUGCUGUUUGACCCUUUGAUUCUUUAUGUUGCAGUUGUGGAACACAUGCAGGGAAUAAUGUCCACAACUGACCGAUUUCACAUCCUAGCUACUGAGCCCAGUAGACAAGGAUUAAAACUGUAUUUUGAGGUGACAAACAUUCAUAUCAGCUGCUCGUUUCACACUAACUUGUUCCCUGUUCUUGCUCCAAUCCAGUCAGAUGGCCAGGAAGGAAUCGAAUGCACUGAUAACUUACUGAAAUGACCAGUUAUGGAUUUGGUUAUCCUGUUUGUUGAUUUAAAGAUUAGUUGAGGGAAGGUUUUGGGGUUAAAAUGAAAUAUUUUCUUGAUUAAAAUUGAAAAAUAGUUCAGAGGAACUGGAGGAAUUACUUGUGGACAAAUCUGUGAGGGUUUAUUUGUGCCAAAACAUAUGUUUUUGUCCACUUGUUGUUUUGCACUGUUAAGGGUUUUGUUAUGAGUUUGCCUGGUCAUCGUCCCUGCUGCUGUGUCACCGUCCAUAAAUUCAUAUUGGAAGAUAAAACAAGAUAAAACAAGACAUGAGCCAAGAGAAAAAACAAAAGACAACAGUGUUUAAGAAAACUACACUAGGAGUCAUCUUGUCAUUAUCAGGAAGUCGGCAACAAACAUCUUGAUGGACACAGUGCAAUGAAACGUCAGUGACAAAGCAAAUUCAGAUCAAUGGCUUUUUAUUAUAAAGCCGUAUUGGUAAACAACGAUGGAAACAAGGACAACAACAAACUGUCACCAUCCUGGGGAAACGAUGUUUGAUGAGCUGAGGAAAAUAUUUCAGUUUUUAGAUUUGCUUCAGUGGAUCUUACAGAUGAUCUCUGAGUUUAUUCAUCUGAAGAAGAAGGAAAAUGUCCUCAAUCCUUCAAGAAAUCCUUUAUUUUAUCAGAGAUACGUGGUGCCUGUGCAGCAUGUUUAAAAUACUAAUGUAUGUAUGUAGUGUCAAUUUUUUAAUGCCACCACCAGGAGCCGCCAAAAUCAGAAGUAGGAGCCUUUUAAAUGCAAGUAACGCCAUUGAAACCAGCUCAGAGUCGACGGUGUACAACAGCUGAGUCAAGAGAAAGAGUUUGUCACGUGCACACGUUUAUAAUAUGUCACCACAAAAUGCUGUUUUACUGGACGGCUGCUGCUGGCCUCAGUAGUUCCACAGAAACAAAGUGCUAUUGUUUUCAUGAAUAGACUUUAAUAUGUUUCCUUUGAUUUGCCCCCCCCCUUCUAAUUUCAUUCACGUCUUCAUGUCUUUUUGUUUGUGGUUCUGUGGGCAACAACGGUGCAUUCAAGUGCUGCUUACUUUCUUUCCCAGAGAGACUUUUUUUUUUGUCCUUCUUGUUUCCCACAAGUCUUCACAGAGUCUAAAACAACAAAAGAAAAGAAAAUACUUUUGAGAAAGUACUUUAAUAUUCACCCCCUCCCCACAGAUCCCUGACGUUAUACUAAUGAUAUGCACUCUUGUCAUCGUCCUUCUUGUAUCAUUCUGCAUUUACGUACUGUAAUUUAGCGUGCAAUCAUGCCACCUAGCUGAACAGGCCGAGUCGGCUUCUAUCAAUCAACAGUUUGUUUUGCACCUUCAUGUGUACAAAAAAAAAAGAAAAAAGAAGAAGAAAAGUCGAGAGGAAGUGCGAGUUUUUAAUGAAUGCAGUUUUACGUUGUCAUUUUAACAGAGGUGCAUUUCACAGCGGAUAAAUGAACUGUACAAAGUAUUUAUGCAAUUAUAACUGGUUUUAGAUUUUUUUUAAUGAUUAUUGCGAUUUCAGCAAGUUUUGUUACUUGUUGCAUGUCUAUUAACACAGCUGACUUUCUGUGUCAGUGCAUUGUACAUGUUCUCGGCAUUAUAUUAUCUUUUUUUUUUUUUUUUUUUUUGGAUUUAUUCUCUUUUGGGUUUUCUUGUUUUUUGGAGGCAUUGUCUGAUGAGUUACCCCGAGUGACCAAGCGUCAGGUUUGUGUACAGAGCUGCAGAUCGUGUCCCCAACUCUGGGCGGACUUUUGUACUCUUUAUGGAGAAAAAAAAUCUAGGACUAGUUAAAGAAGAAGACGAUGGAGGAGGGAAAAAAAAGAGAAAAUCUUGGAUUAUUUUGGUGGUCUUGUAUUAGACUGCAUUACUACAGUAUCUGGUGUGCAAUCUGUGAUAGCUGAAUGUUCCUUGUAUAUUUGUGUUCACUACAUCCUACAAGAGAAAAAACAGUAGAGCAACCCCCCCCCUUACAGAAACAAAAUGUUACAAUAAUGCAAUAGAUCUGGUACUUAUUCUUUUUAAUUUCAUUUCAAUAAAUAAUUGCUGUUUACCACCAGA